AUGGCCAGUCAAGGCUGGUGUGCAGACAGGCUUGGAGAGUGGGUUAAGAACAACCCAACAAAGGGAGCAAAGGAUGCAAAGGACAAGUUGGAGGGUGACUUUGGAAUUAAGCUGAAGUACUCUAAAGCUUGGUCUGGUUUGAAGAUAGCCUUGGAGCAAAUUCAUGGUAAGUAUGAAGAAAGCUUUCAACUUCUGUACAAUUGGGCAGCACAACUAGAAAUAAGUUCACCUGGAAGUAGAGUACAGAUAGAGGUACAGAAGGUUGGUAAGAGGAAUAGGUUCAAGAGGAUAUUUGUUGCUUUGAAGCCAUGCAUUGAUGGAUUCUUAGCUGGUUGUAGACCCUUUAUAGGAGUAAAUGCAUCUUUUCUUAAUGGAAAGUAUACUGGGCAAUUGGCUUCAGCAACAGGUGUUGAUGAGCACAACUGGUUGUAUCAUAUUGCUUUUGGGGUGUUUGAUGCGGAGAAUGAGGACAAUUGGACGUGGUUCCUAGACAAUUUGCACAGUGUCAUAGGAGACCCUCCAGGUCUAGUGAUAUGUUCAGAUGCCUGUAAAGGGUUAGAGAAUGUUGUUGGGGCUGUUUUCCCCAAUGCUGAAAACAGGGAGUGUGCAAGUCACAUGUACAAAAACUUCAUGAAGUACUACACGGGAGACGUUUUCACUGAUCACUUGUAUCCUGCUGCAAGGAACUACACAGAGGGCAUGUUCAAGUGGCAUAUGAAGAAAAUCUAUGAGUUUGCUCCUGAUGCAAUAGACUACCUGCAGCAAAAUCAUCCUAGGAUAUGGUACAGAUGUGGCUUCUCUGAGUAUAGCAAAUGUGAUUACUUAACUAAUAAUGUAUCUGAGAGCUUUAAUGCUCAGAUCAAGGAAUUCAAAGGACUUCAUCUCCAUGAGCUAGUUGACAGGAUUAGAGAGCUCAUAAUGGAUAAAAGGUACCUAAGAAAGAAGCUGGCACAGAAUUGGGGAGAUGGAAUCCUACCUGGUGUAAUGAAGGACUUGAACCUCAAAAGCAAUAACCUCAAAGUUGUUAAGGUUAAAGUCAGUGAUGAUGACUUCGCAGAGGUGACACUGCUGGAUGAUUGGAAUAACCAGAAAAGACACAUAGUUGAUCUGAAAAACAAGAAUUGUGGAUGCAGGGAAUGGCAGUUGCAAAGUUCAGAGCAGCUUAUGAAGGUAGAGUUGAGGCAAUGCCAGACAGAUCCCAAUGGCCAGAAGUUGAUCUUGGAUUUAAGGAAGAGGACUGAAGACACAACUGGGCCAUCAUUUGUCAAAAAGAAGAAGCCAUCAAAGAGGAAGAAGACCCCUAAGAAGAAGAAAACACCUGCCAAGAACAGACAGCAAAGGGAUGCUGCUGCUCCUCCAGCCUAG